CAAUUAAAAUUCCAUGCGUUCUCAACUAACGCCAUAAGUUAAGCGGGUACCAAUCAUAUCUUUCCAGGAUGACGAUCACUAUGUCGACGCCGACAUCUACAAGGGUGGCAUUUUCUUGGGCUGCACCUUCGGAAUUGCCGCCCUCUACAUAUGGGCCGUGGGCAUUCUGGCGUCCGGACAAAGUUCGACGAUGACAGGCACCUACGCCGGCCAGUUCGCGAUGGAGGGUUUCCUGAACCUGCACUGGGUCCGUUGGAAGCGCGUCCUGCUGACUCGAAGUAUCGCCAUCGUUCCGACUUUCUGCCUCGCGUUCUUCAGCACGAUUCAGAACUUGACGUCUUUUAACGAUAUUCUAAACGUGGUCAUGAGCGUGCAGCUGCCCUUCGCGCUGAUCCCCACAAUUGCGUUUACGAGCAACGUGGAAAUUAUGGGCGAGUUUGUCAAUGGAAUCGGGAAUAUCCUCAUGGCCAUUCUCACUAGUUUGGGUAUCGUAGGACUUAAUACCUACUUCGUUUUGGCGACAAUUGCUGGAUUAGAUAUGACUUGGUACUAUUGGCUGCUGUUUGCAGUCGUGGCCGUGGUGUACACACUAUUUUGUAUCUACCUCACUGUGCACAUGGUGAUAUUUAUGGGAGCGAAGAGGUUAAUGAAUUAUCCGAUAAUCAAUAAAUACGUUUGGGGACCAAGCAUUGAUGCACAAGGAAUGCCAUGGACUCUACUACGUUCCUAACAGCCAUUUUCCGAUGACUAUUAGUAUUAGUACACAUAUUUGUAUUUUUUGGUAUUAAACUUCGAGAAAAC